GAGAACUGAUUUUUGUGCCUAAUGGAUGGUGGCAUAUGGUGAUCAAUCUCGAAGAUUCUAUUGCUAUUACACAGAACUUUGUUGGAUUACAUAAUUUAUCAAAUGUAAUUAAAUUCCUCCGUGAGAAACCAGAGCAAAUUUCAGGAUUCUCAUCAGAUUCUUGGCCAUCUUGCAAAACUAUUCAUGAAACUUUCUGCAAAAAACUUCAGGAAAUUUACCCAGAGCUGUCAGAGAAAAUUGAACUACGUGAUGAUUCACGUAAAGAUAACAAGCCAUCUGUCUGGGAACAGCUCAAGAAAUUCGAUGAUGCAGAAAAAGGAUUUACAUUUAAUUUUUCUAAUAAUGAAUAA